UAAAUUUAAUCUGUGCUAAGGAGGAGCAGCAGGAGUAAAUGUUAGGCAUCACGACAUGAGAAGACAAACUGUUUAUUGAUGCAUCUGUCUGUUUGAAUACAUUGGGCAUUGUGUGCCGACACUAUCAUGCAACAGAUCUGACGCUGCGACCUGAGAUUACAAAGAAAAUGUAAAAACAGCUGUAUCUGUGAUCAGGGUUGAAAGAAGGAUUGCAAAGAGAGAGUGCUGAACGUGGAAGUCAAAAUUAAGAUCCUGCCUUUCUGUGGACAUUUUGUGGGAAAUCUAGCUGUGUGUGGCAUGGAGUUCCUGAGCAGCAAACUAGAUGAUAAUCGAACUGUGAACUUCAUGUGCCGGUUGGGAAAGCAAUGAUAUGGGAUGCGGUCGAGUACGGCUACAGCGGAUCAGUCCUCCCGGUCAUUCCCCACCUCUCAGUGAGCGCUCCGACUGAAGCAAACAGGAUUCAAGUCCACUGAGAAACUUUUGAGAACUGCUUAUAACUGUUUGUGCGAAUUGUUUUAAUUGUGCACAUUUUGGGGACUGUAUUCUUCAGGUGAGGUUUUUUGUGAAAGCUCUUCAAGUCACAAUGCAGGUUUCAUUUGUGUGCACGGACCAUCGGUCCAUGAGCCGGAGCACGGACGAUAGACUCAAUCGACAAAACGCCAACAGUCCAAACACGGGUACCCGGAGCAAAUUCAAAGCCGUGGCUAUGGUGGCGCGGAGCCUCGGUCAGCUGUCCGUCCAGAGCGUGCCCUCUUCAAGCGACCAGAGCAUGAGAACUGGCAUGAAAUAUAGAAACCUGGGGAAGUCUGGCCUGAGAGUCUCGUGUCUUGGAUUAGGAACAUGGGUGACGUUUGGAGGACAGAUCCCAGAUGAGAUGGCUGAGCAGCUGAUGACUCUGGCGUACGAAAACGGGAUCAAUCUGUUCGACACGGCCGAGGUCUACGCUGCGGGAAAGGCGGAGCUGGUGCUGGGCAACAUCAUCAAGAAGAAAGGAUGGAGACGCUCCAGUUUUGUCAUUACAACAAAAAUAUUUUGGGGUGGAAAAGCAGAGACAGAGAGAGGACUUUCUAGAAAACACAUUAUAGAAGGUUUAAAGGCAUCAUUGGAGAGAUUGCAGUUAGAAUAUGUGGAUGUAGUGUUCGCAAACAGACCAGACCCCAACACACCCAUGGAAGAGACGGUGCGGGCGAUGACCCAUGUGAUCAAUCAGGGAAUGGCCAUGUACUGGGGCACAUCACGCUGGAGUCCUAUGGAAAUAAUGGAAGCAUAUUCAGUGGCCCGUCAGUUUAACCAGAUUCCCCCGAUCUGUGAACAGUCGGAAUAUCACAUGUUUCAGAGAGAGAAAGUGGAGGUCCAGCUGCCCGAGCUCUUCCAUAAGAUCGGUGUCGGUGCGAUGACUUGGUCCCCGCUGGCCUGUGGAAUCAUCUCGGGGAAAUACGACAGCGGGGUCCCGCCGUACUCCCGCGCCUCGCUGAAGGGCUACCAGUGGUUGAAGGACAAGAUCUUGAGCGAGGAGGGCCGACGCCAGCAGGCGAAGCUGAAAGAGCUGCAGGCAAUCGCUGAGCGGCUGGGCUGCACGCUGCCGCAGCUGGCCAUCGGUACGCUUGACCCAAAGACACACUGCCGCUCUCUCUCUUUCUGUCUGUCUGUCCGUCCGUCCUGCACCUCGCUCAUCCUCUCCCCCUCCUCAUCUUCACCUUCCUCAGAUCGUAGGAGCAGAAGCGCCCGUCCGUCUGUGCAGCGCAAUGAGAUUAGAUCGUGGCGGUUAAUACAGAACUCUUCUUCCCAGCUUCACCUUCUUGCUUAAGUGUAGUGUUGAGUGUUAAGUAUAAUAGUUGGACGUCUGAUUCGUAUAGCGUUUCGCGAUAAUCCAUGUGGUAUUUGAGAGGGGUUACAUUGAACGAUACUUUAAAGAGAUAAUGCGGUGUGAUGUUUCAAAGAGAUCGGCUGUAAGAUCAAGAACGCACGCAUUUAUAAGGACCGGGGUGCUUUGAUUUAAGUGUCUCUUCUUAAAGUAAUCUAAUCUCAAGACUGGAGACCUGAGAGCUCACGACGCUCGCGCGCAACGUAAUAGUCAGACCUGUAAAUCUGGCAUCAGCGCAGAAACACCUUCAUUAAUGAGAAAACAUUCAUACUACCCUUACAAAAAAGGAGUGUAGUCAAGUGUGCUAUUAGUAUGCUUCUUAAUAAAAAUAUAAGAGAUAUUAAAUAUGACAUUGUCUUAUAGAUAUACUUCAAAUGACACUUAAGGAUACUUGACAAAAAAGUAUAUUUGGUCUAUGUUUGUACUAAAUAUUUUGAUGGAGACAAGGUAUACUGCUAUGCUCUUUAUUGAGUAGACUAUUAAAUACUUCAAAUCUACUUGAAAUGCAGUUAAUUAUAAAUGUAUUUUAAGUAUACUUAUUAUAAAGGUAUAUUUUAUAAAAAGCAUAAAUAAGUUUAUUUAUAAGUAAAAAUACAGUAUCAGUAGUGUAUUUAGUAGUUUACUUAAAGUGCAAAAAUAUGUCAAGUUUGCUUAAAGAAAACUAUACUUGCAGUAUUGAAACUACUCGAAGUGUACUUUCAUCAACAAAAAAAUGUGUGUGUAUCAACAAAGCAAAGUUGUUUUAGUAACAAAAAAUGUUAGUUUACUUUGUAGUAUAGUACAAACAAAAGCAUACACUAAGCAUAGUUGUGUUUACUGCUACAUAUAAAAUACACUUAAAAGUAUACUAACAAGUGUACCAAUUUAGUCCCUAGUAGUACUGAAAUAGUACACUUUCAAGUACACAAAAAAGUACAUUAAUGUACUUAAUGUACUAAGUAGUGACAACACGCCCUCCACGAUCCAUCCACUGGAGUAUACAAAUCUUGACAGGAUUUCAAUCCCCAGCGCACUGAUUCCCCUCGAAUCCCAGUCCUCUUCUUCACCCGCCCUUUAAUGCAGUGGUACAUUACAUUUCGCACCUCAUUACUGGGUUGCCAGCCCCUUCCCAACUCCCCAAUGUGCACUGGCACAUCCAAUCGAUUUACAGACAGUAUACAGCCACCGCUGCUCAUUUACAUGACCGGCAGCAUAUUUAACGAUAAGGCCUCGGGGUCAGAUUCUCAGUGAAGGGUCAUGAAAUGCGCACGGAUGAAAAGUUGUCAGGAUGAGUUUAUUUAAACAUAGCCUCUGUGCACAAUACAGCGUUACAUUAAAACAAAGAUACAGUGACGUGUUGAAACGAGUGACUAAUGUAAAAGCUAAACUGUUCGAAAAUGUUUGAGCUACCCAACUGAAAAAUGUCAGGUUUGCACCUCAACACGGCGAGGAUUUUCCUCAUCCUGGAAGUUGCAUGACUAUUCCAUAUGUUCUUUCAGUGUGUGUGUGUGUGUGUGUGUGUGUGUGUUUAGACAAAACAAUCUGUUACGGACAAACUGCAAAAAUCCAUUUAAAUCCACUAAAGUCUGAUGUACCCAAACCCUCACAGCUGAAUAUUUAAAGGCACAGCGUUUGAUUUUAAAAUCAUGUUGCCUUGAAAAUCCGAAUGCAUCUUUUUUUUUUAAAUGGCUACAUGUCGCCUGAACACACACACACACGUGUACAGUAAACACAUACAGUAAAUGCACAACACAGCCAAUGCCAGCGUCACAGAUGGCACACACACGUGAACUCCCGGUAGGGCUUCAAACCCCACAGAGUUUCCGUCCUGUCUGUGUGUGACGGCAGUGUUGCAUGGACCGUGUGUGGAGGACGGCAGCGGUCGGCAUGGCUCCUCUUCACCUCCUCUGUGCUCCUGCAGAUAACGCUCGUCUUCCUGACAAAUAAAAGCACAGCUCUGAUUUUGAGUGCUGGUGCUGGGAGCCAUGGUAACAGAGCGCUCUGACAACUGCUGUGUGUUUCAUGUGAUGCCACUGUGUGUGCGUGUGCGUGCGCGUGCGUGUGUGCGUGUGUGUGUGCGUGCGUGUGCGUGUGUGUGUGUGUGUGCGUGUGCGUGUGC